AGAGCUGCACCGCGCGGGACGAGUUGCCGGCGGCACCCGACGGAGCAGAAGGGGAGAGAGGACAGAGCCGGAGAGGGUGGUCAGUGCAGCCAUCCUUACCUUUGUUCAGACACACCUCCCAGAGGCUGACCUCAGCGGCUUGGAUGAGAUCAUCUUCUAUGUGCUCGGGGUUCUGGAGGACCUGGGCCCCUCAGGCCCAUCAGAGGAGAAUUUCGAUAUGGAGGCCUUCACUGAGAUGAUGGAGGCCUAUGUGCCUGGCUUCACCCACAUCCCAAGGGGUACAAUAGGGGAAAUGAGGCAGAAACUCUCAGGGCAGUUGAGUGGUGCCAGGAACAAAGAGAACCUGCAACCACAGAACUCUGAGGUCCAAGGUCAGGUAUCUAUCUCCCCAGAGCCUCUGCAGCAGUUCAAAGAAGAGACGAUGUCUUCUCCGACUGCUGCUAGGGACACCCAAGAUGAGGCAUCCGGCGCUGAGGAGGAGCUGCUGCCGGGGGUGGACGUACUUCUGGAGGUGUUCCUUACCUGUUUGGUGGAGCAGGCCCAGUGGGUGUUGGCCAGAGCUCGAGGGGACUCGGAAGAAGCUGUGCAGAUGUUGGUAGAGGGGAAGGAGGAGAGGCCUCCAGCCUGGGAUGGCCCCAACCAGGACCUGCCCAGGCGCCUCAGCGGCCCCCAAAAGGAUGAGCUGAAGUCCUUCAUCCUGCAGAAGUACAUGAUGGUGGAUAGCUCAGAGGAUCAGAAGAUUCACUGGCCUAUGGCUCCUAAGGAGGCUCCCAAGAAGCUGAUCCAGUACAUCAACAACCAGGUAGUGAGCACCAAAGUGGAGCGAUUCAAAGAUGUGCGGGACCCUGAGGCUGGGGAAAUGAAGGCCACAUACAUCAACCUCAAGCCAGCCAGAAAGUACCGCUUCCACUGAGGCAUUCGCCAGACUCUACCCGAGCUGUCUAGGCUCAGAUCCCAGAGGGACACAGGAGCCCUACAUCUGCACACAGGACCCGCCCUAACUCCUGCCCCCCAUCUUCCCCUACUUCCUUGCUCCACAGUGCUAACCUCCUCUUGGAGCUGCCAUGGGCACAGUAGAGGUAGCCCCAGGAAAAA